GGCUUGGCAGAGAGAGAUCGAAGACCCACCCAAAGCCCAACAUAUCCAGCACCAGACAUUUUCUCUUCAACUCUUUGUCGCUCCCUGAAACAAAACAACAGAAGGUUUUUCUUCUUUUUUAAUACACUCUCAAGAAUCAGAAGUUCAGAACUCCUUUUAUCUGCCAAAUGUAUUCUUCAAUCAAAUAUCCCUUUUUCAUUUCAGUGAAGAUGAAAGCAUUCCCAUUUAUCCGCUUUAUGGGACUCAACAAUCUCUCCAGAGGAGUUCUAUCUGUUGCAAGGACUCAGGUCUCCCAUCCUAGGACAUUUCUCAUUUGCCAAGCAAAGUUUGCUGAUUCUGGGGUAGAUGGAUCAUUCAGCUCGAGAGUGGUGCCUCCGACCCUAUUAGCAGCAGAAAAAGAAGAAGCCAAGGCUGUGUUAACCUUGUUCUUGAAGAAACAAGGAUUGAGCCAUGCUGUUGCUGCAAGAACUAUCAACAAGUCAGACUUAUUCAUUGACCACCUUGUCUCAAGGCUUCAUUCUAUUCAUAAAUCUCGGUAUCUAGUAGGACGGGAGCUCACAACUCUAGAAAUCAGGGAUGCGCUUAUUCCAUACCUUGAGUCACUCCUCAAAGAGCAUGGAAGUGUUUUGGUAGAUUUAGUGGAGAACUUUCCAAACCUGCCUGCUGAAGGAAAACCAGUUGCACUUGUUUCUCCAUCUGAUUCGACCCUUGACUCCAAGAAGCUGAAGGCUGUGUCUAGAGUGAGUGAGAGUGGUCCUGCUGGGAAGCUGCCCCCACAUAUUCUCUAUCUCAUGGAUCUUGGUAUGGAUCUUGAGCAGCUCAAGGGUAUUACACGCAGAUUCCCUGCUUUUGCUUACUACAGCUUGGAGGGCAAAAUUAAGCCUGUAGUUGAAUUCCUUCUUCAUCUUGGGGUACCUAAAUCAGACCUUCCUACCAUUCUUGUUAAAAGGCCCCAAUUGUGUGGAAUUAGUUUGUCUGACAAUCUCAUACCCACUAUGACAUUCUUAGAAAAUUUAGGAGUUGACAAGACACGGUGGGCUAAAGUUAUAUUCCGGUUUCCAGCACUUCUUACUUAUAGUAGGCAAAAGGUUGAGGUGACUGUAGAUUUUCUUUGUGAGAUGGGUCUUUCAGCAAAGAGCAUUGGUAAGAUACUAACUCGUUGUCCAAACAUUGUAAGUUACAGUGUGGAGGACAAACUACGGCCUACAGCUGAGUACUUCCGUUCACUAGGAGUUGAUGUUGCUCUUCUUUUGUACCGAUGUCCACAGACCUUUGGUCUCAGUAUAGAGACCAAUUUGAAGCCUGUGACUGAAUUUUUCUUGGAAAGGGGAUACAGUAUAGAGGAAGUUGCUACUAUGGGUUCAAGAUAUGGAGCUUUGUAUACUUUUAGCUUGACAGAGAAUUUGAUACCAAAGUGGGAAUUCUUUUUGACCAUGGAUUAUUCAAAAGAAGAACUUGUUAAAUUCCCUCAAUAUUUUGGCUACAGUUUGGAAGACAGGAUAAAACCAAGGUUUGCACUAGUAAAGGAGGCUGGAGUCAAACUGCUGCUGAACCAAGUGUUAUCAUUGUCAUAUAGUAAGUUUGAUGAUGUUUUGAAAAAGAAAAUCAAGAAAAUGAGUUCUAACAAGGCCUUAAAUGAUACAAAUAGCAGUGAGGUCUUCAACAAGAAAUUGAAAAAUGACACUUAAUUACAGCAUAACAGCAGCAGAAUACAUAUCGAUACUCUUAUUCAGCAUAUGUGUUAGUGAUGAAUGGGUAAAUGCAUUGUUGCAACAUGGAGCAUGUCUGAGGCACACCCAACUGGUUAAAUUUCCUUAGCUGAGGGCAUGUCACUUUAAUCAGUUGAGUUCACAAAAUUUGCAGAACAGGGUGGUUGUCGCCUUUACCAGCUCCAUAGCAGGAGGAACUGAAAGAGUAGAUGUUUUGGUGCAAAAUGGUAUUGUGGGUACUGAGAGUUGAUUUAAGUUUUAAUGCAAGUGCUUCAGGGGAAUUUUGAGCUGCAUGGAAACAACAUAUCUCCCGUUAGAAAAGUCUGCAGUCAAUUUUUAUAGCAUGAGAUAGUUCUGUUGAUCAUGCAAGCUUAUCUGCUCCUAAUAUCUGACUGAAAAUGGAUUUGGAAAGGACUGUAAAUGAAUUUGAAUUGAUCUUUGGGUAGCUCAAAAUUAUUAUUUUUUUUAAUUAUAAAAACGAUAAAUUUUGACUUGAAAUUGAAUUAUGUAUUAAAAAAGUUAAUUAUAUAGUUGGUGCCUUGCUAUUUUGCCUA